GCCCCCUCAGGGUUGCCCACCUCCACCAGAGCAGGCAGCCUGGGGCCAGACCCAAGGACAGCCCUCCCUCCAGGGUCAGGUUAAUUGAAGAUGCGAUUGGAUAGGCGGCUGGGCUGGGAGUUGUCGCCUCCUCCCCCCCUUUCUCCCUCCCCUCCUCUCCCUCCCCUGCUCUCCCCUUCUGUUCUGAAGGGCCAACUUCAAAAGCUGUGGCCGCUCCACCAGCCAUCUCUGCUCCAGCCGGGAUCCAGAUCAUGUGUGCAGCUGCCGGAGGACCCUGCCUCUAACAGGCCCAUGGUGUCCCCUUGGCCUGCACUCUGCGUGCUCCUGCUGGCACUGCCAGGGGCCUUGCUGAGCCCAACAGGGCUCCUUGUGUGCAGUGUCCCCGACGUCCUUCGCCAUUACCGUGCAGUCAUCUUUGAGGACCUGCAAGCAGCAGUAAGGAGGGUCAGGCCCGGGGCUGCAGGCACCAGACUGCGGGGCCGGGAAGCCACCCGUUGUGGAGCCCAGAAGGAGGACAGCAUCCUUGUGUCCAUCGCGUCCCUGGGGCAGACCCUGCGAGGGGCGGCUUCCCACGGCCGCCGCGGGGCGCUGGAGAAAGCAGCAUGGACAGUAGCUUUGCGGACUGAGAAUGUGUGCAAGGCUCUGCUUGUGCCCUCCACCUCUGCCGCCCAAGACCCCUCCAGUCCCCUAGUGAGCAACCUUUCCCAGCCUGGCAUCACAGUUCAUCUUCAUCCGGUCAUCUCCUCCCUCUCCCACUUUUAG